AUGUCAACUCCAGCUCCCAAUAUCAACGAAAAGUUCCCUCACAAGGGUCUUACUCAUGAUGGCUGGUCCAACGAAGAGGAAGCUACAGCCACUUGUUUUUGCGGACGAGUCCAGAUGGUCGUGCCCCUCAAAGCACCCGGUCUUGUGAACACUUUCUUGUGCAAUUGUGCAGAUUGCAGAAAGGUCACUGCUUCAAUGUUUGCUACCAACUUCACAACUUUGGAUACACACACGAGAUACUCCCGAGGAGAAGAUAACCUCACCCUUUUCGGUCAAGAUGAAACGGCGGUCAGUGGAAAAACAAUGACAAAUGCCUUUUGUUCGACGUGUGGAACAUUGAUGUGGCGACAGGGCUCGGCCUUUCCAGGUGUGAAGUUCCUCAGAGUUGGUACUGUGGAUGAUAUUGAUUUACACGGAACCGUCCUCAAACCUGAAAUCGAACAGUUCACCGAUUUCAGAGUUAGCUGGUUGCAUGACCUGGAAGGCGCGAAGCAAUUCAAGGGGAUGAUGGAAACCGACUAA